AUGCUAGCAGUUGCAGAAUCUAGUCUAGAAAUAACAGGUAAUUUUUACAUAUAUUUUUUGAAAAUAAAGAAAUAUAGUUUACUCAAACCUACCAAUACCUGAUUCUUUUGUUUUAGUACCACAAAGAGAAGUGAUUUCAAUAUACAAUGACGACUUUACCACCCCACCAUCCAGACCUCAAUAUUUCAUCGAAGUUUAUCGCUGUGUUAAACUUGACUUUGGCGAAUGCUCUAGCAGUGGACCGUCUACGUACCCGGUUCCAAAAACAACGAACGAAAUUGAGAUAGUGGUUCCGGAUAUAACGAACAAAGAUUCUAGCGAUAAAAAGAAGUUUUAUAAAUAUGCCGUUCAUAAUCACACGUCUUGUCAAUGUGGGAACUUGACGUACAGGGAUGGUAGACUGUAUAAAACCAUAACUAGUAACGAAG